AUGGAAAAAAAAAGUUUAUGGGUUAAGUGCCAAUACUUAACGAGUGAUUUAAAAGUAAUUGUUAUAUUAAUUGCAAUGACCAAGUUUUCAGAAAACAAAAUUAAAAAAGUUAUGGAAGAUUAUGGAUUAUCAAAUAAGGUUAUUUCAAUUUCAUUAGAUAAUGCUUCAAAUGGUAUCGGUACUGUCAAAAUGCUAUGUGAUGAAAAAAUUAUAGAGUCGUCCUUUAAUAACUCUGCCAGUAGAUGUUUCGCCCACAUCUUAAAUUUAUGUUUUGUUUCUUUUGUAAAAGAUAAAAAAAAACCAUCAAAUAUCACCAUAGAACAAUCUAAUUAA